AUGGGCGCCUUCAAGAAAACUCGCAAGUUUGCCCAAGUCAAACGGAUUAUUGGCCAGCGGGAUGCUCGACUCAAGAAAAAUCAAGAGACGGGGAAAACAGCAGACGCCAGAAAGAAGGACGACGACGUGAUUAGGGAAGCACCGCAAGUCUCCUCUGCUCUGUUCUUCCAAUACAACACUGCUUUGGUCCCUCCCUAUCAAGUUCUCGUCGAUACGAAUUUUCUCUCCCACACGGUGCAGAAGAAACUCGAGUUAUUGCCCACUAUGAUGGACUGUCUCUAUGCCAAAUGCAUCCCUGUCAUUACCGACUGUGUCAUGGCUGAACUCGAAAAGUUGGGACAAAAAUAUAGGAUUGCCCUGCGGAUUGCAAGAGACGAAAGAUGGGAACGGCUCAAAUGUGGGCAUAAAGGCACCUACGCGGAUGACUGCAUUGUCGACAGGGUCAUGAGACAUAAAAUUUAUAUCGUGGCCACCAAUGAUCGAGAUCUGAAGCGAAGAAUUCGAAAAGUUCCUGGCGUGCCCAUCAUGAGUGUAGCAAGAGGGAAAUAUGUUAUCGAGAGACUUCCAGGUAAGUUGACGCAACAGGCUCGUGCACCAAACCCGGGAUCCUCACCCCUUGCUUCUGAAUACCUGUGCCUAAAUCAAUUUCCAAUCCUCGCUCUCGCGAGCGGGAUCAAAGUGUUGCAAACCGCCACACAGAUAGAGACCGGUUGCUGA